AUGGCCCGCUUCCUCUUGCAGCUGGUGGCGUGGCUCUGCCUGGGAUCGCACGUGGCGGGGCAAGUCGAGGAGGUGGGCAUCGCCGGGGCGGGCGAGACCGAGGCCCCGCAGUCCAACGACGCCAUCGAUAUCCAGAAGCAGGUCGCGCUGGUCAAUGCCACCAGGCCGAAGUCCAACGACGCCAUCGAUAUCCAGAAGCAGGUCGCGCUGGUCAAUGCCACCGGGCCGAAGUCCAACGACGCCAUCGAUAUCCAGAAGCAGGUCGCGCUGGUCAGAGCCUGCGAGCCGAAGUCCAACGACGCCAUCGAUAUCCAGAAGCAGGUCGCGCUGGUCAAUGCCACCGGGCCGAAGUCCAACGACGCCAUCGAUAUCCAGAAGCAGGUCGCGCUGGUCAAUACCACCGGGCCGAAGGUGAACGCCGUGAACCGCGCCGACGAAGGCGCGAACUACCCAACACCGGCGCACGGCCUCGACGUACGCCGCUUGACCGCCACAUUUCUGGCGGGCCUUUUUCGGGGCCGACACUUGCCCGGACGGUUACGAGCCAAUCUACGACGGUGCGGGAUGCGCGACAGUUUCCGCAUACGUGGGGCUCAGCUACGUCCCAGACCUGAACACAAACGUCGGGACCAUUGGCACGUGGGGCUCAUGGUGCUUUGGGGCCGCCGGGCACAGCGGCCAAGAUAA